AUGAGGAUAUUCAUUGGGUUUCUCAAAUUCAUACUGUUUGCCAUAAUAAUGCUUGAGUAUGGGGUCCUUGCUCCUAAUUCAUGGAGAGCUACAAGUACAGUGGUUCAUUGCAUAGAGAGGGAGAGGCAAGCCUUGCUUCAGUUUAAGGAUGGCCUUGGGGCGGAUGACUCAAGCACAUACGCAUGGUCUUCAUGGGGUAGUCAGAAGCACAAGAGAGAUUGUUGUCAAUGGGAGGGAGUUCAUUGCAGCAACCAAACAGGGCAUGUCUUGAUACUCCACCUUCCUGGUGAUGAUCUAGACCAAUUGUCUUUACAAGAAAAUUAUCUUGGAGGAGAAAUACCUUAUCAACUUGGUAACCUCUCACAAUUGCAACACCUUGAUCUCUCAUCUAACGGACUUGAAGGAGAAGUACCUUAUCAACUUGGGAAUCUCUCACGAUUGCAACACCUUGAUCUCUCAUCUAACGGACUUGAAGGAGAAGUACCUUAUCAACUUGGGAAUCUCUCACGAUUGCAACACCUUGAUCUCUCAUCCAACGGACUUGAAGGAGAAGUACCUUAUCAACUUGGAAAUCUCUCACAAUUACAACACCUUGAUCUCUCAUCCAACGAACUUGAAGGAGUGCCUUAUCAACUGGGGAAUCUCUCACAAUUGCAACAUCUUGAUCUCUCAUUUAACAAUCUUGGAGGAGUAAUACCUUAUCAACUUGGGAACCUUUCGAACUUGCAAAAGCUUUUCCUUGGAUCAGAUGAUAGUGCUCUCAAAAUCAACCAAAAGAAUGGGGGUGGAGGUCCUAUUCCAGAGUGGUUUUGGGCAUUGUUGACACCAAAGCUAUUUUACUUGAAUAUUUCAUGCAAUAACUUUGUUGGUACAAUACCAAGUGUUCCCUUGAAAUCCAUCUCUGGUGCUUGGAUAUCUGUGGCCUCCAAUCAUUUUGAGGGAGAACUUCCAACUUCUAUCGGCUCUUUAGAGAGUCUUGAAAGUCUGAUAUUGAGAGACAAUAAGUUUACUGGACGAUUGCCUAUUACCUUAAGGAAUUGCCCAAAUUUAAGGUUUCUAGAUAUAGGGAAAAACCAUUUCUCUGGACAUGUACCUUCAUGGAUUGGAAUUAGUUUACAUGAGUUAGAAAUUUUAUCACUUCAAAAAAAUAACUUCUUUGGAGAUUUACCAAUUCAUCUCUGUUAUUUGUCAAGACUUCAUUUCUUGGAUCUCUCAUUGAACAAUCUUUCAGGAAAGAUACUUAGAUGCUUCGGAAAAUUUACACAAAUGGCUUUAGAGAGUGAUUCAUAUCCUUUUGAUAUUUCAUUUGGCAUUGAUAAUUAUGUGGAAUUUUCAUCUGAGAUAAGUGCAUUGCUAAUGUGGAAAGGUAUGGAACGAACCUUUAGGAAAACAAAUCUUUUAAAAGGCAUUGAUCUUUCAAGCAAUCUAUUCAUGGGAGGGAUUCCAACUGAAUUAGGAAACUUAGUUCGAAUGGUAUCUCUGAACUUAUCAAAAAAUCACUUGGGUGGAGAAAUUCCUUCAGAGAUUAGACAAUUAACAUCAUUAGACUCUCUUGAUUUAUCAAGAAAUCAUUUAUAUGGUCCAAUUCCUUCAAGCCUUACUCAAAUUUAUGGUCUCUCAGUGUUGGAUUUAUCAAAUAACAACCUUUCUGGAAAAAUUCCAAUUGGCACGCAAUUGCAAAGUUUUAAUAGCUCAAGCUAUGAAGGAAAUCUUGACCUUUGUGGAAAACCGCUUGAGAAAAUAUGUCUAGAGGAGGAAAAACCUCAAGAGCUAAUUGAAUUCAAAUAA